AUGACUCGUACUACCCAUAUCAAGCCAGCCCCAGCCACUUGGGAAGAGAUCGUUUUACAGCUUGAUAUUCCUGGGUUUUUUUUAUUACUUGGUUCCAUUGAAGCUGCUGAGGCCUCGCAUGACUUGGGCCAAUGCUCUAUGGUGCUAUAUGUUAUGUUUUAUCUCCCUAUAUACUUCCAGUCUAUUCAUGGGAAGACCGCUAUCAUGAGUGAUGCUGAUACACUCCCAUUUCUAACUUGCUUCUCCUUGGGAGCUGUGAUGGGUGGUGGUCUCGUCGGGAAAACCCACCACCUCAUGUCCUUUCAGUUAAUAAGUGCACUCAUUAUGGUGGCUGGUAUGGCGCUGUUUUACACCAUGGGAGUUGAAACAUCUCAGGCGCGCUACCUUGGGCCCCAGGUUCUAUGUGGCUUUGGACUCGGUUUGGGUAAUAAGAUCCCCAUGACCGCAGUACAGGGUUUCUCAAAGCCCGAAGACGUGGCAAGCUCCACUGGUAUCAUGCUCACGCAGUGCCUCUUCGCCAACCGAAUGCUACAGACGCUGGAGAGCUCCAACUCCAACAUCAACACCUCGUUGGCCCUUGGCACAGGUGCAGCUGAGAUCCAGCAUGUUUUUACAGACGAAGAGCUCAAAGCUGUGACUAAUGCUUAUAUGCUACGGAUCAAGGACGUUUUCGCCUCUGGGUUGGCUGGUGCAGCAGCGGCAGUUCUCUUGACCCUUCUUAUUCCCCAGAAACAGCGUCCUGACCAUCAAGAGAAGAAGACGGAGGAGUCCAGAAUUGCUUGA